UUCACAUCCCUUAUAAAAUGUUCCUCUUUCCUCUCUUCAGGUUAUGACUUUGCUGCAGUGCUGGAGUGGUUUGCCGAGCGUGUUGACCGCAUCAUCCUGCUCUUCGACGCCCACAAACUGGACAUCUCAGACGAGUUCUCUGAGGUUAUCCGCGCCCUGAAGAACCAUGAGGACAAGAUGCGGGUGGUUCUGAACAAGGCUGACCAGAUUGGCACGCAGCAGCUGAUGAGGGUCUAUGGUGCCCUCAUGUGGUCUCUUGGUAAAAUUGUCGGCACUCCAGAGGUGAUCCGGGUGUACAUCGGUUCUUUUUGGGCUCAGCCGCUCCUGGUCCCAGACAACCGGAAGCUUUUUGAGGCCGAGGAACAGGACCUUUUCAAGGACAUCCAGGGGCUGCCUCGGAAUGCUGCUCUGAGGAAGCUCAAUGACCUCAUCAAGCGGGCUCGCCUCGCCAAGGUGAGACCUAGGUCUCAAAUGUUGGGGCAUGUUAACAGUAACAUUAAUCUCCGAAAGCAAUUACUAUACUGCAUUAUUGUAUCACCCUCGUGCCAAAAUCAAAAUUGAUCAGUGGUUAGCUGUUUAGGUCCAGAUGUGAUUUAUUUAGUCUUCCCUCCCUCCAGGUCCACGCCUACAUCAUCAGCUCUCUAAAGAAGGAGAUGCCCAACAUGUUUGGGAAGGAUAAUAAGAAGAAGGAGCUGAUCGCCAACCUGGGGGAGAUCUACACCAGGAUUGAGAAAGAGCACCAGAUCUCACCCGGAGACUUCCCCAAACUAGCUAAGAUGCAGGUACACAAAUAUAUAUUAUUUAUUUUUCCAGUGGAGCUAGUAAUUAUGUUAACCGAAGUGGCCAUGUAAGUAAUGAUAGCGGUAGUAGUGGUGAUGAGCAUUGCAGAUACCUUUACUUGACUAGAAUUCCCCUGACCUCCUUUCACUUUUAUGAACACACAGGAGAUCUUGGCAAACCAGGACUUCAGUAAGUUCCAGGUGGUGAAGCCCAAGCUGCUGGAGGCCGUUGAGGACAUGCUAUCCAACGACAUCGCCAAACUCAUGACCCUCGUCCGCCAGGAGGAGGCAGCCAUGCCCAGCCAGUCAGUCCAAGGUGGCGCCUUCGAGGGCACCAUGAAUGGGCCCUUCGGCCAUGGCUACGGCGAGGGUGCAGGCGAGGGCAUUGAUGAGCUGGAGUGGGUGGUGGCACGAGACAAACCCACCUACGACGAGAUCUUCUACACCCUGUCUCCUGUCAACGGCAAAGUGUCGGGCGCCAUGGCCAAGAAGGAAAUGGUGAAGUCCAAGCUGCCCAACACAGUGCUGGGGAAGAUCUGGAAGCUGGCUGACGUUGAUAAGGACGGUUUCCUGGACGACGAAGAGUUUGCCCUUGCCAAUCACUUGAUCAAGGUGAAGCUUGAGGGGCACGAGCUUCCCACUGACCUGCCAGAACACCUUAUCCCCCCCUCUAAAAGGGGACUGUAG